CAGCCCCGGUGGUUGACCUGUCCUGGAGCUGCGACUCGGAGCUGCUGGCGGUGGUGACGGCGCCUGCCCGUCGUGACAGUACGGCAGCAGCAGCCGGAGCAGCAGCGGAGGAGCAAGGCGAGCAGCAGGCGGAUGGCGCUGCUGCUGCCGAGGCCGAGGAGGAUACGGAUGACUGGGUUGUGCAGCUCUGGCACCGCAGCAACUGGCACUGGUACCUGAAACACGAGCGCCGCUACCCCCGAGCACUCGCCGGCCCCUCCUCAGCCUCCCUGCCGCCGCAUGUCCGGUGGGACGAGCAAGCCGGCAGUGUACUGCACGUGCUGACGCCAGGCGGGCUGUACGAGCAGAUCGGGCUGGUGUGGGACACGUGUGUUUCAGAGCGCGGUACGGCAGUGGUGGUGGACGGGCGGCGGCUGCUGCUGACGCCGCUGCGACAUGGGCUGGUGCCGCCGCCCAUGUGCGCGGCGGGGGUGGCGCUUCCUGAGGCUGCCGUGGAUGUCUGCAUUGGCUCGCUGCCUGCGCCAGGCAGCUGCGAGGGGGCCGGGGCUGCUGCUGCUGCUGGCGGGGGCAGCGGCUGCUGCCCCCCGGGUGAUGCCGCUGCGGAGGAGAAUGGGGAGGAGGACGAGGUGGUGGCGGCGCUGACCUCCCGCGGGCGGCUGGUGCUGGUGCGCAGUGUGGAGGGGGACCUGUGGCAGGAGAGCCUGGAGGACCAAGAGGCUCUGGCGGCGGAGACGAGCGGCCGCUCCGGCAACCCCGCCUCCACCUCCUCCACCGCUACCCGCCUGCUGCAGCCCGCCGUCCCGCUGCUGGACAUCCCCCUCGCCGGCGGCCGCCGCGCUCGCGCCCUCUGCUGGCUGACCGGCUCCUCCUCCCUGCUCGUCCUCGCCACACCCUACCCAGAACCCGGCCUUGAAGAGGCGCCCGGGGACGUGCUGGUCCAAGUAGACGUCGAGUGGCUGUCCUGCGGCCCAGCCGACCCGAGCGACCCACGGGUCAGUCCCGCGGUGGCGCUCACCGAGGGUCCGGCUGUG